AAGCUUCGGCGGUAUCACGGCGCUUUCCAAAAUGGAUGCAUUCGAGAAUCUUGACAAAGAUAUUGAAGGAGCUGCCAAGAGGUGGCAGAAAUAUACGGAAGGUGAAGCUCCCGAAAGAGACAAGUUACCGGGUGAAUGGAAGAACAAGACAUCACUGCAGCGGCUUUGUAUAAUGCGAGCUCUGAGACCUGACCGCAUGUCUUACGCUUCUGGAGCGUUUUGUGAAGAAAAUCUUGGAACAAAAUACGUUGAGGCUCGUACGCCAACUUUAGAUGUAUCAUAUCAAGAGAGUAAUUCGACAACUGCUAUGUUCUUUAUUCUAUCGCCUGGUGUUGACCCGUUGAAGGACAUAGAAAAGAUGGGCCGCAAAAUAGGCUUUUCGACGGACAAGAAGAAUUUCCAUAUCGUGUCCUUGGGACAAGGUCAAGAGGUAGUAGCCGAGCAAGGGAUGAGCAUAGCAUCCGUCAAUGGACACUGGGUCAUAUUGCAAAACAUUCACUUAGUCAAGAAUUGGUUACCAUCACUAGAGAAGAAAAUGGAAGAGUGCUUCGAAAACCCUGAACCAGAAUACAGGUUGUUCCUAAGCGCUGAGCCAGCCGCUGAUCCCGCGUACCACAUUAUACCUCAAGGAAUCUUGGAGUCAUCGAUCAAAAUAACCAAUGAACCACCUAUUGGCAUGUGGGCAAAUUUGCAUAAGGCUCUAGAUUGCUUCAGUCAGGAAACACUAGAGAUGUGCAGCAAGGAGGCUGAGUUUAAAUCAGUUUUAUUUGCUCUAUGCUACUUCCAUGCUGUCGUCGCUGAGAGACGUAAGUUUGGCCCUCAAGGAUGGAACAGAGUAUACCCAUUCAACUUUGGUGACUUAACGAUUUGCGUGUACGUAUUGUACAACUACUUGGAAGCGAAUCCUCGUGUGCCUUGGGAGGACUUGCGGUAUCUCUUCGGCGAGAUCAUGUAUGGAGGACACAUUACUGACGAUUGGGAUCGCCGGCUUUGUCGUACCUUCCUACUCGAAUACAUGCAGGCAGAAUUGGUGGAUGGUGAACUACAAUUGGCACCUGGCUUCAUAUCCCCACCCAAUUCUGACUACGUUGGUUAUCACGCCUACAUCGAUGACUAUCUUCCAGAAGAAACUCCUUAUUUGUACGGAUUACAUCCUAAUGCGGAAAUAGGAUACCUGACUACCGUCUCCGAAAGACUUUUUAAGGUGGUGUUUGAAAUGCAACCGAGAGACACAGGCGCUCAGGCUGGAGGCGGCAUGAGUAAGGAUGAACAGAUUCGGCUUUUACUAGAUGACAUCUUGGACAGAGUUCCUGAACCAUUUAAUCUUGCUGAACUGAUGUCUAAAGUUGAAGAAUUGACUCCAUUCACUAUCGUAGCCAUUCAGGAGUGUGAACGGAUGAACCGCCUCAUGGGAGAAAUUCGAAGGUCAUUAAAGGAGACAGAAUUGGGCCUUAAGGGCGAGUUGACCAUAAGCGGUGACAUGGAACAGCUGAUGGAAUCUUUGUUCAUGGACAACGUGCCUGCUUCAUGGAGUAAACUGGCGUACCCUAGCUUAUUGGGGCUGGCCGCUUGGUUCUCAGACCUCUGCACACGACUGACUGAACUUGAAAACUGGACUGGAGAUUUUACCCUGCCACCAGCAGUGUGGCUUGCAGGUUUCUUCAACCCUCAGUCGUUCCUGACUGCCAUCAUGCAACAGACGGCUCGUAAGAAUGAGUGGCCAUUAGAUAAAAUGUGCUUGAAUUGUGACGUAACCAAGAAGACCCGGCAAGACUUUAAUGCUCCACCACGCGAAGGCGCCAACAUUCACGGACUGUUUAUGGAAGGCGCGCGCUGGGACACUAUGACCGGCGGCAUAGUCGAAUCCCGUAUGAUGGAGCUGUUCCCGAUGAUGCCUGUCAUGUUCAUCCGUGCCGUCACGCAGGAUAAGCAGGAUACUCGUAACGUGUACGAGUGUCCGGUCUACAAGAUUCGUAUGCGAGGCCCGACUUUUGUUUGGACGUUCAAUCUGAAGACCAGGGAUAAACCAACUCGCUGGACACUCGCCGGAGUAGCGCUAUUGCUUGGAGUCUAAAUGUUAUUUUUUAUUUUAUAGCUUUUUCGUUUGUUAUAGCGAAGCGC